AUGCAAUCUUUGACGGAGGAGAAAAGAUUCCUUCCCAUGUGGAUGAGUUGGAUGAUCUGGAAAUCGAGAAAUGACUUUCUAUUUGCACAUAGAAAUGUUCAUCCUCAGAACGAUGUGGAGAAAGGAGUUCAAGCUGUAGCGGAAUGGUUUAUUGCUAAUCCGUCCACUACGAUUCAAGAAAGAAGAAUAUGUGUGACACCAACAAGCUGUUGGGAACCACCAUCAUCAGGUUGGUUAAAAUGUAACUUUGAUAGCACAUAUAGAUCGUCUGCGUCUUGCAUGGGUGUAGGGUGGAUAAUAAGAGAUGACAAAGGACAGUAUAUAGAAUCAGGUUGGGCAAAAUUACCUCAGGUAGACACACCACUGCAGGCUGAAGCAAAUGGCUUUCUCUAUGUGGUUCAACGCAUAUGGAGUAAAGGUAUGAGGAAUGUCUGGUUUGAAGGAGAUAGCCUUCAGCUCACUAAUGUGAUCAAUAAAUGGGAAGAGAAUACAGAGUUGGGCAAUAUCCUCAUUGAUAUUCGUCAUUGGAUUUCACUUCUGCCAUUAUGUUCUUUAGCACAAGUGAACAGGGAGAAAAAUCAGGCAGCAGAUUUACUUUCAAAAUGUAUUUAUGAUUCUGUUGAUUUCUUUAUGUUGUAUGCAAGCCCACCUCAAUGGUUGGUUAAAUAUUUGUAUGCUCCCUUCACUAUUUAA